AUGAAGCAAACAUGCAAUGCUUUAUUUGUAUUGCUUGGCGCUUGGUACCUAGCCUUCCAAAUAACCGCUAUUUUCCAAUGUACGCCCGUGAAGUUCUUCUGGGAACGGAGCCUUCCAGGCGGGCAUUGUGUAGAUAGUGUCAAUUUCUACAUCGCCCUUGCAACAACAAACACAUUUACGGAUCUCGUCAUUCUCUUCCUGCCAAUGCCACUCGUAUGGCGACUACAAAUCUCUCGAAGCAAAAAGGUUUCCAUCUCGGCGGUAUUCCUCCUUGGCGGAUUCGUCUGUGCGAUCGCGCUCUAUCGCAUUACCACCCUACCACUCAUUGAUAAUAACGACAUAACUUAUUCCAACACAUAUGCUGGAAUAUGGACGUCGAUCGAAGGAAGUGUGGGCGUGAUUGUUGCAUGUCUACCAAGUCUGAUGCCCAUUUGGCAUCGAUUGAGAGGAAGAUCUGUUGGCUACGCACAGUAUUCGAGACAGUCGAAUCCAUACGCGACUAGCAGUAAAGGGUUACGUUCUACGCGGUCCACGGGUGGAGGCAGAUUCACAGAUGAUGAGGCGGAUCGGUUCGAUGUGUUCGCUAGCGGGAAAUGGCCAGUAGGGAGUCAGUCGCAGGAGAGAAUAGUUCAAACGGCUGUCGCGUAUGGCGAAGAAACGUAUCUCCCCACCGACGAGCGAAACGAUACAUCUCACAAUGCGAUCGGCGUUGUCACCGAAGUCCACCAACAGAUCGAACUCAGAGAUCUUGGUAAUGUGGAGCAGUUGAAAUAA